GCGCCACCUAUGUGGGCGUGAAUUCGAAAGCAAAACUAGAGAAAAGAAAAUUAAGCAAUGAAGAUAAUAAAAUCAGAACGAACAUGAAAAAUGGCUGAGGGAGGCGAUUUGACUUCAAAAAAAGAUGGCUCGGAUGCUGACUUUAAGUACACUUGCACUCCAUGUGGGGAUGAUGAUAUUCGAGAAGAGGCUGUAAAGUUUUGCCCCGUAUGUGACGAAUAUCUGUGUACAUCAUGUACACGACAACAUGGUCGACGGAAAGCUUUACGGUCACAUACGUUACAAGAUUGUGAUGCUUCAACAAAAGGGUCAACGGUAACCAUGGUUAACAAGUGUCGUUACCAUCCAGAUCGUGACAUUGAAAUGUACUGUGGAGAACAUGAUAUGGUGUAUUGCACGAAAUGUAUUGCCACAAAUCACAGAGCUUGCAGUGGAAUACUUAAUUUAGAAGACGUUGAUAUUACUUCAAAUCAGCAAAAUGACAUUGAGCGUUUAAGUUCAGAUAUGGUUAACAUUCAAAAGCGUUUAGAAGACACUGAACGGAAUAUGCAGACGAACAACAAUAGCAUUGAGGAGCAAAGAAAUGACGUCAUUUCACAGGUGGAGGCAAUUGAACGGGACUUGGUACAACAUAUUCAGAAAUUGAAGCAUGAAGCAUUGGAAGCUCUAGAGACAGAAUAUACUUUGAUUAAAGAGGAGCUUGCGACAAAUAUCUCUCAGAUAAGUAAAGUUAAACAAGAAAUUGAGAAAACAACUAGCCAGCUACAGACAGCCCAUAAUCUUAAUGCGAGAGAACAAUUUGUUCAGACAAAACUGACACAACAGACUGUAAACGAUGCAAUGAAAGUGUUUGAACAAAGCGAGGAUAAAGGUCGAGUGUGUUUACGUUUUACAGAGAAUACAGAAUUAAAGUCCAUAAUUAGAACAUCAACAUGUCUAGGGCGUGUACAGAAAGUAACAGAGAAGAACAGUCUAUUGACAUCAAAAGUAUAUAAAGUAAGUUCACGGAAGGAGAUUAAUGUCAAGAUGACAAAUGACAGUAAUCAAUGCUACAUUAUUGAUAUAUGUCAGCUUGCAGAUGGUACAAUCAUACUGGCUGACUAUUAUAAUAAGAGGAUAAAGAGGCUUAAUGUGAAUUAUAACAUUAAAGAUUGUUUGGAUCUAGAAUCAAGUCCUAGAGGUAUCUGUUAUACUGGUAAUUUUGAGGUCGCUGUGAAACUUGUCAACAGAAAAGUUUGGUUUAUAUCAGUAGGGAGCUCGUUAUCUAAGGUGAGAGAUAUAUCUGUUACAGGUGGAGAUUACAACGGAAUGACAUAUUGUGAUGGAGAGUUGUGGGUAUCUGAUGUAAAUGGUGUAAACGUAUACAGUAUGACUGGUACAUUGAUAAAGACUAUCAAUAAUGGGGUUAAUGGCCAACGCAUAUUUAAAUCAAAUAUACAACAAAAGGUUGUCAAUGGAGAUACUGUUAUUGUAACAGAUUAUAGUGACGGUGCCGUCUGUCUGAACAGAGAUGGUACGGUGAAGAGAGAACUGAGAGAUAAAAGGCUUGCCAUCACACGUGGUGUAUGUGUAGCCAAUGGCGGGACCAUGUUUAUUUGUGGUGGUACUUCACACAACAUCAUGAUGUUUGAUAGAGAUGGUAAAUGUCUGGGCGAAUUAGUUGAUAAUCAAGGUGGUCUUAAGAAUCCAUUAGCUAUGUGCUAUGACAAAAAGAAAAACUGUGUAUUAGUUGCUUCAGUUUCAUCGGACAAUUUAGUUGUUUUGAGUAUAUCUCAUUAAACAAAUAAAAAAGAAUUUAGCAAUACUCUUUACUGCAGGAAAUGUAUGUAUUCAAUCAUAUUAGCUAAUACAAUAUGAUGAAACAAUUGUGUAUAUCAAUGUUAAAUAAAUCAUAUAUCUAAAAAAUAUCAGUCC